UUUAUGACAUUUUAUCUAAAAAACUAAAAAACAAAUCACCAAUUACCAAUAGUUUCAAUUUUAGCAAUUUUGUCAAAAUCUCCGUUCUCUAACAAACACUGACCACUGAAGCUCCAUCAAUGGCGAUGCCGGUCGUCGACACAGAAUACCUCAAGGAAGUCGACAAAGCUCGUCGCGAUCUUCGUGCUCUCAUCUCUAGCCGCAACUGCGCUCCUAUCAUGCUCCGCCUAGCGUGGCAUGAUGCUGGGACCUAUUGCGCGAAGACGAAGACCGGUGGUCCGAAUGGUUCGAUUAGGAAUGAGGAAGAGUGCGCUCAUGCUGCCAAUAGUGGUUUGAAGAAAGCUGUUGAUUGGUGUGAGGAGGUGAAGGCUAAACACCCAAAGAUUACAUAUGCAGACCUCUAUCAGCUUGCUGGUGUUGUUGCAGUUGAGGUCACUGGAGGACCUACAAUUGACUUUGUUCCGGGUAGAAAGGACUCAACUGUGUGUCCCAAGGAAGGGCGACUUCCAGAUGCCAAACAAGGUGCACCACAUCUGAGGGACAUAUUUUACAGGAUGGGUCUUUCUGACAAAGACAUUGUGGCCCUAUCUGGGGCUCAUACCCUGGGAAGGGCACAUCCAGAGAGAUCAGGCUUUGAUGGCCCGUGGACCCAAGAGCCACUCAAGUUUGAUAACUCCUAUUUUGUGGAGCUUUUGAAAGGAGAAUCAGAGGGACUGUUGAAACUUCCUACUGAUACAACUUUGGUGGAGGAUCCUGCAUUUCGCCCUUUUGUGGAAUUGUAUGCUAAGGAUGAGGAUGCCUUCUUCCGUGACUAUGCAGCCUCGCACAAGAAACUUUCAGAACUAGGAUUCGCUCCAAGCGGGGCCAAGUCAUGCUGCCCCGACACCACUGUACUGGCUCAGAGUGCAGUUGGAAUUGCAGUUGCUGCGGCAGUGGUCAUCUGUAGCUACAUCUAUGAAAUUCGCAAACGCGCAAAGUAAAGAGACUUCAUCACAAGUAAACAUUAUUCAUAUCAAUAUUACAAUACCUACCAUCUGUAUGAACUAGUAUUCAUCAUACAUGUGAGAUUUAUUGCUCAUAUCAUGUUCAUCUAGGAAUAUCUAUCAUAUCAGUACAACAGCACUCGCUAACCUUCUAUCUUUAAUUCAAGUGGUUGUAUGAACUGGCUAGAAACUAUAAGUGAAACGAUUUAAAGAGUAAAAUAAGUUCGCUUUGGGGGGUUCCCAUACUAUUA